AUGUUGUCCAAUCCUCUCCGUCGCUAUUCUGCGUAUCCCGACAUCUCCUCGGCGUCUUUUGACCCGAACUACCAUGGAUCUCAAUCCCAUCUCCACUCAAUAAACGUAAACACGUUUAACAACAACGGUCACCCCUAUCCUAUGCAACACCUUUCUCAACACGCAGAGCUUUCAAACUCGCAAUUCGGCCUUGGCUGCGAGUAUGUCCGAGAGAGAAAGAAGCGAGGCAAGGCUUCGCGCAAGGAUAUCGCUGCCCAGCAGGCGGCUGCCGCGGCGGCACAGCAUCCUGGCCAGGCCCAGGAUGGCCCAGAAGAUCGCAAGCUUUUACGCCAGCAGAGCGAGUCUUCACGUGGCAGUAUAGAACUUCCCCAAGCAGCCCAUGACCAGCCUCAUGGUCACAUAGAGGGCUCCGUCAGCUCCUUCAGCGACAAUGGGCUGUCCCAACAUGCUGCGAUUGGGUCGAUGGAUGGUCUUGAAGAUCAUCACGGCCACGUCGGAGUUGACCCUGCCCUGAGCAGAGGUCAGUUAGAACCCUCGUCCGCAAUGGGGUUGGGUCCAUAUGGCGAGGUUCACCACAGCUAUGACAGCCCCGGCAUGAAUGGGCAUGUAAUGGUAGCCCCUUCGUAUGGCCAGACGCAGACCACCAUGCCCGGGUAUUCGGGCAUCAACUACGCUACACAAGCCCCGAGUCCGGCCACUUAUAGCAGCGACGGCAACUUUCGACUCGGCGCCGGUCACAUCCAAGAGUACCCCAUGGCAAAUGGGAGCUCACCUUCGUGGGGAGUCUCACUGGCUUCGCCUUCGGGCCAGUUCCAGCUUCAGCUUUCGCAGCCCAUUUUCAAGCAGAGUGAUCUGCGAUACCCCGUCCUCGAACCCCUACUGCCUCACUUGGGCAACAUCCUCCCCCUCUCGCUGGCCUGCGAUCUGAUUGACCUGUACUUUUCCUCCUCUUCGUCGGCGCAAAUGCACCCAAUGUCCCCAUAUGUUUUGGGUUUCGUGUUCCGAAAGCGCUCCUUUUUACACCCCUCGAACCCAAGAAGGUGCCAGCCCGCGCUGCUUGCGAGCAUGCUGUGGGUGGCGGCGCAGACCAGCGAGGCGUCUUUCCUGACGAGCCUCCCCUCCGCCAGGAGCAAGGUCUGCCAGAAGCUGCUCGAGCUGACCGUGGGACUUCUUCAGCCCUUGAUCCACACCGGCACAAACAGCCCAUCCCCCAAGACCAGCCCGGUAGUUGGUGCGGCCGCCUUGGGAGUCCUCGGGGUUGCCAUGCCGGGUUCGCUGAACCUGGACUCCCUGGCCGGCGAAACGGGUGCGUUUGGAGCCAUAGGAAGCCUCGACGACGUCAUUACCUAUGUGCAUCUUGCCACGGUCAUCUCCGCCAGCGAGUACAAGGGUGCCAGCCUGCGGUGGUGGGGUGCCGCGUGGUCUCUAGCCAGGGAGCUCAAGCUUGGCCGCGAGCUACCGCAGGGCAACCCUCCUGCCAACCAGGAGGACGCUGAUGCCAUCGACGAAGACGUGGAUGAGCACGACUUGAACAGAAACAACACACGCUUUGUGACGGAAGAGGAGCGGGAGGAGCGGCGGCGAGCGUGGUGGCUUGUUUACAUUGUCGACAGGCACCUGGCUCUCUGCUAUAACCGCCCCCUGUUUCUCCUGGAUAGCGAGUGCAGCGACCUCUUCCACCCCAUGGACGACAUCAAGUGGCAAGCCGGCAAGUUCCGCAGCCACGAUGGGGGCAACAUUGACAGCUCCAUGACAGAUGAGUUUGGCGACAGCCCGCGUGUUGCUCGCGGGGCUCAUUACGAGUGUCGUGGUCGUAGCAUCUUUGGCUAUUUCCUGUCUCUGAUGACCAUCCUGGGCGAGAUUGUCGACGUUCAUCACGCAAAGAGCCACCCGCGAUUUGGCGUCGGAUUCCGCUCUGCGCGGGACUGGGACGAGCAAGUCGCUGAGAUCUCCCGGCACCUGGACAUGUAUGAAGAGAGUCUGAAGCGGUUCGUUGGGAAGCAUCUUCCCAUGGCCGCAAAGGAAAAGGAGCAGCAUGAGAUCCACGACAACGGAGCCGUGCCGGAUAUGCAGUCUCCGCUCUCGGUGCGGACCAACGCGUCCAGCCGCAUGACGGAGAGUGAGAUCCAGGCCAGCAUCGUGGUGGCCUACAGCACCCACGUGAUGCACGUCCUCCACAUUCUCCUCGCAGAUAAGUGGGAUCCCAUCAAUCUUCUGGAUGACGACGACUUGUGGAUUUCGUCAGAAGGCUUCGUGACGGCAACGAGCCACGCGGUCUCGGCUGCCGAAGCCAUCAACCAGAUUCUUGAAUUCGACCCGGGCAUGGAGUUUAUGCCCUUCUUUUACGGCGUCUACCUCCUCCAGGGAUCCUUUCUCCUCCUCUUGAUCGCCGACAAGCUGCAAGCUGAAGCGUCUCCAAGUGUCAUCAAGGCAUGUGAGACCAUUGUGCGAGCACACGAGGCUUGCGUCGUGACUCUGAGCACGGAGUAUCAACGAAACUUUAGCAAGGUCAUGCGAAGCGCGCUUGCUCUGAUUCGGGGGCGUGUGCCAGAGGAUCUAGCCGAGCAGCAGCAACGACGGCGCGAACUCCUCGCGUUGUACCGAUGGACGGGUAACGGAACCGGCCUCGCCCUUUGA